UUUGACUAGUUCUGUCCGGUAGUGCCUCGCAUAUGUGUUGUGUGGCUCUACAACGCCGGUGAGAAGCUGACAGCCAACCAGCAUGGGUCGCCACACAUCCAGCAGUGAUGAGGAAAGCAGGAGCAGAAAGAAACGGAAACAACGUCGCCGUUCAUCAUCCUCUUCAUCGUCUUCAUCCUCCGGAAGCAGGGUGACCGGCAGCAGGAGCCACAGGUCCAACCGCCGGAGCCGCUCACGGUCUAAGGACAGGAGACGGAAGAGACGUUCAAGCAGUAGCUCGUCCCACAGUUCAUCCCGCAGGAGGAGGAGUCGUAGCGGGGACAAGGGGAGGAGCCACCGCUCACACAGGUCACGCAGCCGAGACAGAAGGUCCCACUCUCGCCACCGGCGCUCCCGCAGCAGGAGCGGCAGCCGCAGUCGCCGAGGGAGCCACAGCCGCCGUAGGAGCCGCAGCCGCAGCAGAGAGCGGGGCAAUCGCAGCCGACACAAGGGCCGCGACCGGGACAAAGACAAGGAGAGAGACAAGGGACGUGACCGAGGCAGGGAAAAGAGCAAGGACAAGACAGAGAAAAAGGGGGACGCCGGGGCCAUGAAAGCAAGAUUAGAACAUCUGACGCCAGCAGAGCAGGCUAAAGUUCGAAUGCAGAUGGUCCUGCAGGCUGCAGCCAAGACAGAUGAAGCUCUCAAGGCCAAACUGGGCAAGCAAGAGGAUGAGGCCCGAAAAAAGUUGGAUACUGAUGGAACUUCUCUGGAGGAGCAAGUGCGAAGGAUAAAGGACAUCGAGGCCAUCGAGAGCGACUCCUUUGUUCAGCAGGCUUUCAAAUCAUCCCGGGAUGGUAUAAAGCCUGAGCCUGUGGUGAAGCAGGAGUCAGACAGGACGGAUCCUGUGGACGUCCACCUUUCCACGUCCAUCGUCUACAACGAAACUGAUACUCUGGCUCAUCCUGCACUGUUCCUGGACAAAGACAAAGCCGAGGAACUGUGGCUCAACAGACUGCGGUCUCUCCGCCAGGAGAGACUCAUGGGAAGUCCCGUGUCCUAACAGUGAACCUGCAUCAUUUUAAUUCAGCCCGACUUCAUUUGAUUUUCUUCUGCUAUUAACUGGUGGUCACAUCCUUCAAAGUGUCAUAGGAAUUUGUCAUGUUAUUUGUUGUAUGCGUUGUUUAUCUCUUGUAAGAGCGCUGUUAAUAAAGGAACUGUAGAUUUGUCUUUGAAUGCUGUAUUCUGCUUGCAUUGCUUCUGUUCAAACUUGUCUAUGACCUCCCUACUUGAUGCUGUUGAGUAACUUGUGUUUAUGGCGUUGUUUUAAUUAUGAGUGACAAUUCAAGGCAAGUGCAGAGAAUCCAGAGCUUGGAGGGGUGAGGCCUAUUUCUGGAACAAGCCAGAUGGUAAAUCUAUACUAAGCGUGGGACACUUUGUUACUCCCUUUGCUCGAAAUAGCCAGUGUGGUAAUGAAGUCCUUAAUAUGUUAUAUUACAACUCACAUAGAACCCCGUGUUAACUUUGAAUCUAAUGCUAUUUCAUUCUACUUCAUCACAGUUAAGAAAAACCUGAAAGUGUGUAGUUGUCCUAUAAGUUACGUAAUACUUCUUUGACAGUUAUUUUGAUGA